AUGGCAAACAACCUUAUUGAUUUUACUCUGGACAUGGAUUUAAAGAAGUUCGUUAAGGAUCCAAAAAACUCUGUAACAGUUCUCAACUUUUGGGCUGAAUGGGCUAAAGCAUGCACUCAAAUGAAUGAUGUCUUUGCAGAACUUGCAAAGAAAUAUACAACAAUAAAGUUCAUUAAGAUUGAAGCCGAAAAAUUUCCCGAUAUUUCUGGUUCCUUUGAAAUCGUUGCAGUGCCAGUUUUUAUAAUUCUCAAGAAUGGAGGUAUUUCUGAUCGUGUUGAUGGAGCUAAUGCUCCCGAAUUGACGAGUAUAGUUGCCAAAUAUGGAAAGCCUACUGCUGUUUCCGCAACAAAUUAUGCUUCAGAUAAGCCAGAGACUCUUCAUAAAGGUGAUUUAAAUACAUAUUUGAAUGAAUUGAUCAAUUCUUCUCCAGUGAUGGUGUUUAUUAAGGGUACACCAAAUCAGCCACGAUGUGGGUUUUCAAGGCAAAUUGUCGAAAUUUUUAACGAACGUAACGUGAAAUUCGGUUCAUUCGACAUUUUGACUGAUGAAGAAGUCAGACAAGGCUUGAAAGAAUAUUCUAAAUGGCCCACCUAUCCGCAGGUAUAUAUUAAUGGAGAAUUAAUUGGUGGAUUAGAUGUUGUUAAAGAAAUGAUUGAGAAUGGUGAAUUUCAAAGCACAAUUUCUAAUAUUG